GCACUACUCUGUAGUUUGUGGGUUUCUUUAAUUUUUUUCUUUGAUGAGGGAGUUGUGUAUUUGGCACCUUCCUUUGUUGUUUGGUUGUAGCUGUCAGCAAUAGGAUUAGCGUUGAUGGGGUGAUUGAUGUUGAUGUUGAGAAAGUACAAUGUGUUUUGGGGUCUACAAACUGAAUCCACAGUCCAGUGUGGCUGAAAUCUUCUGGUUGAAAUGUGCUACACACACAUGUACAUACAUUUUAAAACUUUGUUGGAACAGGAUGUCAGAGAAAUGCGGGCAUGGUUGCAUCAUAGAAUCCCAACACAAAACCCAACAAAAUACACUUUCACACGUUGACAUCUUUUUCCAUUUAAUAGUACAUGUUCAUAUAAUACACAUCACAUGAACAUUUCAUUUUCUGCUUCAUGCAAGCUAUUUGAAAUACAACUAAAACUGCCAGAUUUCUCAAUCAUUUCAGUUUCAGUGGUAACCUUCUGUGGCUUCAUGGCCAGACCAGCGUACCAGUACGUGUACUGUAAAGUACAUGUAUUAUGAAUGCGCACUGUAAUGUACUAGUAUUGUGAAUGCGCAUGUAGGUACCGGUAUCGUGUACAUGUGCCCUAAUGUCAAGUCCUCAGUUGUGUACAUGUAUCUGUAGCUGAGGCAGCUAUCUUUUUUAAAACCAUUUUAAAACUGGUGAGUCCCAGCUACACACUAUAUGUAACUGCCAUACAAAUGUACUGUUCAUGUAUUUGUAUGAACAUUAGUCUGGUAGUAGAUUUUAAUGACAUUUAGAAAUUUGGUGUCCAGCUUUGCACAGGAUAUCAAUUUGCUGAUGUAGUUUUGCACAUGAACAGGUGCCUGUACUUGAAUAACAAAGUGAGGCAUCCAAAAUGACCAGAAGACACCUCUCUGGCUAAAACCUUGGCACCAUGGCAUGAAGAAUAAAUACAACACAACACGAAAGGUGAUUUAUAUGCAAGGAUUUGUGAGGUACUAUUUGGUUACUCAUUUUGCAAAUCAGGCAGGACAUGAAAUGCACUGCUUCAUUGAAGGUCAUUGUCACCUGAAAUGAAAACCCCACUACCAGCAGACUCAAAUUCAAUAGAUAUAGGAUAAAAUACCAAUACAGCAGAUAUCGAUUCUGGGAACACCACCAUUCAAAUAACAAAGGGAGCAAACACACCUACCCACGGCAGUGUGCACACUGGCUCACCAAUCAGCAAAUUUUGAACUCUGUCAACUUCCGCUGUGUACAUUUUGAUUAGAGUGUGUCAAUAAUGUGUAUGUCUGUGUGUGACAACAUGUGUUUGAUGAGAUUGGUGUUGGAGUGAGUGAUCACUUGCCAAUAGCCUGGCAUUGAUGGAAGUUACAUUUUAGUCCUUCAAGUUCAACCAAUCAUGUCAUGUUAAGAACAAACUUUAUAGUACUUUGAUUUGUUGGACUUGGUACAUGUACAUGUAGUUGCUUCAUUCCCUUGAAGCACAUUCACAUGCAUCACCUGUUGCAGAUUUGAAUCGGUACUUCUUUAUGGUACGGUAGUUACUGAACAUUUAGUUUGUCUUCAGAAGCGAGCUUCCACAUUGAUCAAAUUGAUAACUUGCCAACUACCGGUAUUGUACACACCUCCUGGUUCACCAAAAGAUGUGAAGAUACCAUACCAGUAUUAGCCAUGCUACUGUUUGCCUGGCCAGUCACUGGUAUGCAAGGACUUGUUUAAAUGGGAAACUGGUGUGCUGUGUGUGAAUUGCUACAACAACUGUUCGUCCAACAGGCAGGUGAACUUUAUUUUGAGGUCAUCAAUUUCAGUCAAAAGGAGUACUGUAAGGUGUACUGUUACACUGCUGUCACUUGGAAAAAAACUCUGGCCUAUAGUAUGCACUGUACAUGUAUGCAGCGAUAUACUGGUACUUUGUGUAGACUCAGCUGAACAGCCCAGCAGGGUUCCAUGGAAUGCAGCCACAUGAACUCAUGACCAACCUGAAACUGAUUUUUGAUGCAUGUUGCAGAUUCCCAAGCAUCGUUGCAUGGUUGCAUGGUUUAGACAACCUCUGAUGGAAAGUGUAUACUCGUUCAGACUUCAGUGAAAAAAGUCCUGGAGAUACUGGUACUGUAUGUGUCAUAAAAAUUGGUCCUGUCGUACUUCUAGGAAUACUGGUACAGUUAAAAAUUUUCACAAGGAAACUUUCAAAAGUACUUUUACUUGUGAAAGUACAGGUAGAAGUCCAUUCACUGCCGCAGCAUGCUUGUUGUUAGUUCCAGCAUUACGUGUAUGUUUAUUGUCUGACUUACCAGUAGUGUACUUUCUAUGAAUAUCACAGAUGUUCUGAAAUUUAGGCAAAACUUUUGCCUGUGCACAAGCUGCAGUGGUAAUCAGUUUUGAAUGGCACUCCAUCAGAUGGAUUAACUGAAACUCAGUCCCAAGUCCUCAGGCAGUUGACUUGUUAAGCAACCAGCCUACUGGUGCUGCAUGUUUACUGCAAGUUUCAGUGAGACAAUCAGCUGGUGGACUUUUGCUGGAGCCUGCAUCAUUUGUACUCUUUUGGCCGAAAGCAAUUUAAGGAGAAAUUGUGAAGAGAACUGGAUCCACAUUGUCGACCAGGUUCACAUAAGGUCAGCCGUCUCCCUUUGACUGGAGUUCCCCAGUUUCCGUGACUGUGUUUGCACAGCCAUCAACCCCAAAGUUUCAACAAGUUUCAAAGUACGUCACUGUGCCAACAAUCAUCCGGUGGUAUCGUCUGUGAUGUAAAUGAGAUCAGCCAGUAAAUAUCAUCAUUCUUGUAUACUGUGGGUACCUACAUGUACUAGUACCCUGUACAUGUACAUGUACUAGUACAUCAUAGUCUGCCGUACUGUACCGGUAGCUUUGGGUUUGCUGCAGGACUCUGGCAACUUGGAACUCCGGUGCUGCUGGUUUAGAUUCGUUGGUUCAAUCAGGAGACCAGUUCUUGAUUUUUUUUUAAGCCAAGCUGAUGUACGGCAUGGAGAGACCAGGAUACCAUCGUUCGAAUACCUGGUCCUAUGCCAGCUAUGCUCCUAGUUCACACAGGGCAACAGGCCACUCACCCGCCAAGAUGGCAUUCCAUCUGACCGUUGAGCAUUGGCUGAAAGCCCUGGAGCUGGAGGAGUACUUUCCGUUGUUCCAACAUUACCAAGCCGUUGAGAACCUGCUACACCUGUCAGAGAGGCACAUUUCUGAGUUGGGGGUGACAAACUCUGCCCACCGGGCACGGCUGGCAUCCAACCUGGUCUACAUCAGGGAGAAACUCAAGCGAACAAGCAUCACAGGAGGCCCGUUGACCACUCUGACUCAACCUAGACAGAGAUCAUCCAUAGCUGGUUCCCCUUAUGGGUCACCGGCUCCAUCCCCAUCCAUAAAGGCUUCCUUCCGUUACAGCACUAUUCCUGAAGGGGUAACUCCCGAGUUACCGACAUCUCCAAAAACUUUCAAAAUGGAUUAUCAUGACACCUCACCCGAGGAUCUACGCAAAGAACUGGAAUCAGAACUGAAACUACCAAAUGAUGAUAUCCGGAGUCACGCCUGGUUCCACGGUGGCAUCAGCCGCGACAAAGUAGAAAAGCUUCUGAUCUCCAAUGGUGAUUUCUUGGUCCGAGAUUCCAUCUCCCAGCCUGGGAACUAUGUCCUGUCAGUGCGGUGGAGGAAUGCCCCCAUGCACUUUGUCAUCAACAAGGUCAUCCUGCAGGCUGACACGCCUUACGCCUCCAUCCAGUACCAGUUUGAGCAGGAGUGCUUUGACUCUAUCCCCUCGCUGAUCCGCUUCUACAUUGGCAAUGCCCAGCCUGUCUCGCAGACCUCAGGGGCUGUCAUCCAAAGGCCUGUCAACCGGUCAGUGCCACUGAGCUUCAUCGAUAGCAAGUACGCUGCCAUCAACCGGUCUCAGGCCAGUGCCUACACCUACGGAGUCCUGCCGAGGCGGGUAGUGACCCCCCGGCAGGCCCUGGCCUGGCCACAGGACACUUUCCGGCAGCGGUCAGGCAGCCAGCCAGCCAUCAUCCGCAGUUCCAUGGUAGACCCGACAGCGCUUGAGCGGUCAGAGAGCUCCCCGACCAUCAACCGACCAAUGAAUGGCUUUGCGCUUCAGGCUCUGAGUGACAAGAGUGAACACCGCCCCUUGGGCAGGACAGGUAGUGAGCCUAUUCUGGAGAAAGAGUCUCUGGACAAGGACUACGUCUACCCUGCCCCCGACGCCAGCUCCGUUGGGGACUUGACAGCACCUCCUCUACCCCCGUUCAAGAAUAAGAAAUCUUCCAGUGAGAAUGUAACCAACGGAAAUGCAGCUUUGCUCACAGAGACAGUCAGCGUCAUGAAUCGGAGCUUUGAUCCACCGAGUAUGUUCGUGAUGGACCACGUCUACUCUGAAAUCGAUGAAUACGAUCAGUUACCAAUUAGGUAUUCCAUACUCCAUGACAAAUCGGACCCCAUACCCCCACCCCAGGAAGAGGAGAAUGGUAAUGAAUUGGAGUCAGAGCUGAAAGAGAAGAAACGACACUCGGACACCCGAAACUCAGUGUUGGACACAGACUACUCCAAAGUAGCCGAAAUUGAUAAAAACAUGGACAAAAAGCCGGGAAAACUUGUCACCCCCUUGCCCCAGUUGAAUGAGCCCUCUUGCAUUCAUUUGGCAGACUUCUCUACGCCGUUGAUGGGUAGCGAAAACAAGCCUCUGGAAGGGGCCAUUUUAGCUGACGUGAAGCAGAGACUUUUGGACACAGAUGCAGUCAAUCUUGCCAAGCACAUCACAAAGAUCGAUUUUGAGAUGUGCCGGAUUACAGAGACGUCCAGUAGGCAGCCUGGCCUGGAGGUCAUCACCUUACCCCAGGGAGUGCAGAUCAGGCAGGAUCUGCUAGAGAGAUAUCACUGCCUGAAGACGUGGUGCGCCGUCUGUGUGCUGACAUGCACAGAGCCAGAGCAAAGGAUCCGUAUGCUCCAUCAGUGGAUACAGAUAGCUGAAGCCCUGCGUGGAUCCCUGGGUAACCUCUUCAGUUUCACCGCAGUCAUGGAUGGCCUCAGCUGCAAGCAGUUGACACAGCUGAAGAAGUCAUGGGAACUCCUGCGCUCCCUGCACACCAGUAGUGCUGUCAAUUAUGACACCAAGCUGCGGUCAGUACUCAAGUCCCUCAACAGUGGGGAGAAUGCAAUCCCACUGACCAAGACCAGCAUCCCCCACAUCAUACCCGUCAUGCAGCUCCUGGAGAGAGACUGGACUACACUGACGGCCACGGACUGGUCAGUGCCCGCCAGUGCUGAGACCCUGGAGGGCUUACCCCGGGGCGAGUCUUGGGAGGAGUCAGCCACUGGCUUUGGGCUAGACUCCCUGCUCAACCACCUGCAAAAUGCCCACGCCUUCUGCCAGCAGGCCAACCUGUACCGCAUCAAUGCCAAUUCCAAGCUGACCAAGUUCCUGCCGGACGAGGCACUCCUGGACACCUUCCGGCCUGAGUUCCACAUGAGGUUGCUGUGGGGAAGCAAGGGGGCCACAGCUGGGACAGCCGAGCGGUACCAGAAGUUUGCCAAGAUCCUCAGUGUCAUGGCUGAGAAGAUAGAACCCAUUGGCCCAGGUGUGUGAAGAUCAGCAGAAAACACAAACGGAGAGUCAUUUUGCUGCAGUUCAGCACUUCACAAGUACUUAACAAGCCCUCACAAGUACAUCACCGGUAUUGGAGUCACAAGCUGUCCUUAAUAAACUGUCGUAAAGAAAACCUUUUCUUGUGUUAGCAGUGACAGUGCUCAGGGAAGUACUUGCGAUUAUCAGUCACAAGUAGUUUUGAAGAACUCGACUACUUGUCAAGUCCUCAAAUGCUUCCUAAAUGAAUGAUGUUAAUUUGGAUUUGUGUUGAGGAUGUUAAUUUUAUCCAGAUCCAUAUGAAACAAACAGGCCCCUAGUAAGCUGGAAGUCAUGGGUUCAAAUCCUACCCAAGCAAGGUUGUAAUUUUUUCACAACUGUCAGACCACACACACGCUGGUGUGAGGGCCAAAAUCACCCGGUAUAAAAUACUUCACAAGUACUAGUGAAGUACUCAGCUGCGACAAUGCAGGAAAUAUAUAAAGUACUGUGUGUUGUCAAUCUAUAGGGGUCCACCUGUGAGAGCAUGUUGCUUACAUACAAAGCAGGUAUCUCACACCCUCAUUUGUCUUGAGGCAGAGCCUUUCUGCAUCAUUUUCUUCUCUUUUCUUUUGGUAAAAUAAGCUCCCAGGAGCAAAAUUCAGGUAGCCCUAAGCUGUUGCCUUUGCAACAAAAUUCUCAGUUUCUCGUGAACUGUUUUCUGGGGUUUGAUCAAGGUACGUGAUAUUGUGGUGCUUAACCCUAACCCCCUGAGGUGUAUGUAAAAUUGUAUUAAAAUUGGAGGUUUUGGGAGUGUUAGGGUUAUAUUUUGAUCAAGGUAGAAAAGUACUCAUUACUUAUAUUAGAUAGAAUCACUGCAUGUUACAUGCUCAUGCCACUUUUCAUGUCACAAAGCAAUGGUACAUUUGCCACCUUCAAAAUGAGAGCAAAUGAGGCUCAUAAAUUAGCCAUUGUAGAUAGGUCUGUAGUGUAUGUAUAUCAGUGGAACGCAUUGAUGGAAGUAUACUGUACAUGUCAUAUGUAUUAUAAUGUUUUAGACAGAUUCUCAUCAAAGUACUUAAAUGAAUGGCGGAUUUAUUUUUAGAAAUCAACCAACCUGUUAUUUCAUGUAAUGAUUAAAAUACAAGAAUAUCUUUGUAAAGAUCCUUAAAUUUUUAAAUAAUGGAAUUAAAGCCUGAACAAACUGUCCCAGGAUUAUUUAUAAGAUCAUAAUUUCAUUAAAGAAAUAUGCAAAUAUA